AAGAUGCGUUGAGCUGCCAACGGCGCGGGCACCACAGGGGCGAGCGGAAGGAGGGUUGGGCGGCUCGCCGGGUGUCCUAACCGCUGCGGCCUUCUGUAUUUCCACUGGAAAUAUGCACCCCGACGCCUCGCACCCCGCGGCGGAGCAGGACUGCGUGCAGAAGCCGGUCGUAGAGGAGUGCGCGGGCGACCACAAGCAAGCAGCCCCCCAGGGCUGCAAGGAAGAAAUUAAUGAUUCUAAAGAUAUAUGUGCAAGUCUUUGUGACACAUCCUGUCGAAAUGAGCAGAAGCAGAGUGGUGACAACAGAUCAGAUGUUUGCUUGUCACAGAAAGAUGACAAGGAAAACAACAGCCCCAGAAUGACUAAAAGUUUCUUGAAAAAAUUCUGCAAGCAACACAAGCUUUAUAUUACUCCAUCAUUGAAUGAUACUCUCUAUUUACACUUUAAAGGGUUUGGUCGUAUUGAGAACUUGGAGGAGUACACAGGGUUGCGUUGUCUCUGGCUGGAGUGCAACAGGAUAGAGAAAAUUGAGAACCUGGAGGCCCAAACAGACCUGCGUUGCCUCUUCUUGCAAGUAAAUUUGAUUCAUAAGAUCGAGAACCUUGAACCUCUGCAGAAAUUGGAUAUUCUGAAUGUCAGCAACAAUUUCAUCAAGACCAUUGAAAACCUCGCCUGUCUGCCUGUCCUGGAAACACUCCAGAUAGCCCACAACCAUUUAGAGACAGUGGAGGACAUUCAGCAUCUCAAGGAGUGUUUGAAACUCUGCGUCCUUGACCUUUCACACAACAAGCUAAGUGAUCCAGAGAUCCUGAGCGUCCUUGAGAGCAUUCCUGAUUUGCGAGUACUGAAUUUGAUGGGAAACCCAGUUAUUAAACACAUACCUAAUUAUCGAAGAACAGUCACUGUUCGCCUCAAACACUUAACAUAUCUGGAUGACAGGCCAGUUUUUCCAAAAGACAGAGCUUGUGCAGAGGCGUGGGCCAGGGGAGGGUUUGCAGCUGAGAGAGAGGAGAGGCAGCAGUGGGAAAACAGAGAGCGGAAGAAGAUUACAGACAGUAUCGAAGCCCUAGCCAUGAUCAAGCGGCAGGCUGAAGAGAGAAAAAGACAGAAAGAAGGUCCAGAGCAAGACAAGAAUGAGAACACAUAUGACACUGUGGUGGGGGAGAAGGAGCCCCAUGAAGACGGAGAACAGCGGCAAAAGAUAGAGCUGUUUGUCCAGGAAAGCUUUGAGGCCAAAGAUGAACUAUUCCCAGAUGAAUGGAGUGGGCCGAGGAAGCAGCCUGUGAAUGUCAAUGGAGAGACAGAAGACCAGGAGCCCACUGAGAUCCCAGCCCUGGAAACCUCUGGAGCUGCCUCAGAAGACUCGACACCUCAGACUGAAGUUCUCAAGGGUACAGAACUUGAUGGAGCUGCAGGUGUGGGAAACGUUCAAAUGGAAGCUAAAGAGAAGCUCUUCAUUGAUGAUCUGCCUGACUUGGAGGACGUCGACCCUGGAGGGUCUCUGGAAGACCAGGACAAGAAGACAUGCUUCCCAAAGAUAACAGUCAUUUCAAGCUUGAGUGAUGACAGUGACUCUGAAGUGGACUACACCUCACUCCCAGCCCUGGAAAGCACAUCAGCUGAUGCCAUUUCCAACAUAUUUGCUAUAUCCAAGGACACUUCAAGGACAAUAGAGAUGCCCUUUGCAGAUUUACUGAAAAAGUCCACAAAGAGGGACUUGGAAGUGCCCAGUGGAGAUACGAAGUCCCCAUACCCGAUAAUUGAAGAGCUUGAGGAGCUUUCAGAGCAGUCAUGUGCAGCUCCAGCCUUCCAAAACGCUGCUGCACCAGCACCUACAGGAAAUAGCACUGAGGAGGAUGACAUGCAGUCUGAAACAAAGGCCAAGGCAAGAGAGGACUUGGAAGACAUUGAAUUUGGCUUGGACUGAAUCGCUAGUGGGCCCCUCUGCCCCAGAUUCAGAUAGGGAGCCGGUGCUGGGCCCAGCCCUGCCCCUCUGCAGGCACAGGUUCCCACCUCGGCCAAGUUCCCCUCCCACUGAAUGCCAGGGUCCUGUUGCUGGGCCUGCGCCAGGUCACGUGGCUUCAUAUUUUUGUGUCCUCUACCUCCAGACAUAGCCCUUGGCCCGACCCUACAUCUGCAACGUAGUGCCUGAGCGUCUUCUUUAGACAUUAUAAAAGUCCCAGUGUCAUUAA